UUGGGGGCUGCGGGGCGUGCGGCAGGCUGUCCGCACCGGGUGGCUGUGGGAAAGCUGGCAUUGCCCCACUGGGGAUGUCCUUGCUUUUCCAGCAGCCACAGCGAGCGCAGGCAUCCCAGAGGAUGCGGUCGACAGCGACAUGGACGAUCUGCUCACGUGGAUCAGUGGUGAGUUUUUGGUCUGCAGGGGUGGUGGGUUGGGUGUCCGGAGUAGUAGGUGUGGGAAAGCUGGCAUUGCCCCCGUGGGGAUUUUCUUGCCUUCUCCAGACAUGACCUCCAGCGCAGACAUCCCGGUUGACAGCGCGGAGAUCGAUGAUAUCCUGACGUGGAUCAGCAACGGUGAGUUGAGGGGCUGCAGAGCAGGCGGGGAUGUCUGCUCUGAGUGGCUGUGGGAAAGCUGGCAUUGCCCCCUUGGGGAUUUCCUUCCUCUUCCCAGAUGGGACACCCAGCUCAGGCAAUCCUGAUGACAGCAUGGAACUCGACGGUUUGCUCAGCUGGAUCGUUGAAGCGUCAAGUCCUCGGGAGGUCCCCCAGCAGGCGUUCCCAGCCGUCCCCAGCAGGCUCAGCACCUCUCCUUUCAUCAGAGCCCUCCGUGACCGUCCCAGCGGCAGCAGGGAGCUCAGCAGAGAGGCGCAGGCUGACGCCGGGCCCCUCAGCGAGCCGUUCUCGGGGCAGCCAGCAUCCUCUGGGCAGCUCUCUGAGCCGCUGCCCUGCGGGCAUCUGAUGGAAGAGGCGCGGCAGAGGCAGCCCCGGGUGGUUCUCACCCGCCUGGCACUGCCGACCCCCCUGGCUGCCCCCGCACCUCUGUUGCCCCGCACUGCACAUCUGAUCCAAGAUGUGCAGCGGAGGCAGCCCCGGGUGCUUCUCACUCGCCUGGCACUGCCACCCGGCUGCAUCUCCUGCCACAUGCCUGAGAACCACCACGGGGACGGCAGCGAGCCAGCCGAGUGCCCAACGCCCGCCUGCACCACCAGGAAAGGCAAGAGCAGAGGGCACGAGCAGCACACUGGCCGCAUCCCAGGCAGAAAGAGGAAGGUGCCGCUGGGCCAGGACGCUCCAGGACAGAAACGCCGGCGCUAGGCGAAGCUGGGUGGGCUCAGCCCGAGCAGGAGCGUCCGCAGAAACCGGCCCACGUGGUGCAGCAGGAGACACGGCCAUAGCCAACAAAGACGGCUCCCUGCAGCCCUGGGCUCCUCGCCGGCCCCCGCGGUGCACAGAGAGCAGCGGCAGUGCUCCAGGGGCACCAGCACCGGCCCCAGCCCUACCCCUCCAAACCUGGGCUGUUCACCAACACCACC